AUGAUAUUACAUCCGUACAGAAAUCAAAUUUAUUCAGAUUUAGUUCGACAACAUAACGUCAAUAAUCUUUUUCAUGAUCCAGAAUUUCCACAUAAUAAAUCUUCAUUAUAUUAUACACCUGGUUUCAAUCGUACACUUGAUAAUGUAACAUGGAAACGACCUUAUGAAAUUUGUUCAAAUCCUCAAUUUAUUGUUAAAGAAGCUAAUCGAUUGGAUCUCGAUCAAGGCCUUUUAGGUAAUUGUUGGUUUAUUUCUGCUGUUAGUAUGAUAACACAAAAUGGUACGAUUUUUGAACGUGUAUGUCCACUUGAUCAGACUUAUGAUAAACAAUAUUAUGCUGGAAUAUUUCAUUUUCGAUUUUGGCAAUUUGGAAGAUGGGUGGAUGUUGUUGUUGAUGAUUACUUACCGACAAUAAAUAAUCGUUUAAUUUUUUGUCAAAAUAUUAAAGAACCCAAUGAAUUUUGGGCAGCUUUACUUGAAAAAGCUUACGCAAAACUGAGUUAUUCUUAUGAAGGUACGGAUGCUGGACAAACUACUGAUGCUUUAAUCGAUAUGACUGGAGGAAUAGAAGAAUCAUUUAAUACAAAGGAUAUCAAAGAUAAAGAUCAAUUUUGGCAAACAAUAGGAACAGCAUUGAAACAUGUUGCAAUGAUUGGUUGUUCUAUUUCACCAGAUCCAAAUGAACGUGAAGCUAAAAUGGCUAAUGGUUUAGUGAAAGGUCAUGCUUAUGCUGUAACAGCUGCUGUUCGUGUUAAACUUACUAAUGGUGAAAUUGUUCAAAUGAUUCGUUGUCGAAACCCAUGGGGUAAUGAAGUCGAAUGGAAGGGUGCUUGGAAUGAUGAAGAUAAAAUCCAUUGGAAUACAGUAGAUUCGUAUACAAGAGAACAAUUACAUUAUAAAAAUCAAGCUGAUGGUGAAUUUUGGAUGCUCUAUUCAGAUUGGUUAAAAUAUUUUGAACAAGUACAAAUUUGUAAUCUUUCACCUGAUUCAUUCGAAGGACAACUUACUAUUCAACAGGGAAAAAAUAUUAAUUGGCAUGAAAUGCAAUUUGAUGGUGUUUGGAUUAAAGGACAAACAGCUGGUGGAUGUGGACAACCAAACAUUGAAAGUUUUUUUACUAAUCCUCAGUAUUUAAUUAAUGUAACAAAACCUGAUAUUGAACAUAGUGAUGGUUUAAGUACAGUUAUAUGUUCUUGCCUUCAAAAAUAUAUCCGACAAAAACGACAACAAACAGGUGGACAACAAGCUGAAGAAUAUAUUAAUUUACGUUUAUAUAGAAUAAAAGAUUCAAUCGAUGUAUCACAAAUUACACAAGAUUAUAGAUUUUAUCCAAAAGAUCUUGAACGACAAGGUGAUACAGGACCAUAUAUAAAUAAACGUGAAGUUACAGGAAGAUUUCGUGUAAAAUCUGGAAACUAUUUAUUAAUACCAUCAACCUAUGAACAAGAUAGAGAAGGUCAAUUUCUUAUUAGAAUAUUUACUGAAGGUGAAUCAACUGGUAAAUCAUUGAAUACGGAAUAUCCAGAUAUAAUUCCACCAUCACCAAUAAUGAGAAAAGAAAAAUAUGAAUUUCAUGAUGGAAAAAAUCAAGAUCAAAAGUUUACUAUUAUGCAAUGGUAUGAUAAAUUACCUGAAAGACAACGAAAAUUACUCAAAUAUGGUGGAUAUGCAACAGUGAGUGUUGGUUUUCUUUGUUGUCUUGGUUAUUGUUGUAAAAAGUAUUGUUGUAAAAAGAAACAUGAAAACAGUCAAUCGUCAUCAACAAAAAAUCAUAAUAAAAAUUAUAAUAAAUUUUAA